AGCGUCCGCCCGUGUCAGAGGUCAGGGGUCAGGACGGCUCCAAAACGGGAUGAGACUGGAGGGAGAUUCAAAAUGGGGGUUUAGAAGGAGGCGCGUGAUGCCCUCGUAGCAAUGACGCAGGGGGCGGAGCUGGGCCGGGACUGGCUGGCGCUGCAGAGGGAGCUGCAGAACUCGCUAGAAGCUCAGAAGAGGCAGGCGGUUCUGGUGGAGAAAUUACAGGCAAAGGUUGUACAGUACAGAGAUCGCUACCAGGAGCUGCAGCAGAGCCAAGAACUCAGUCUGAGCCGGGGGGAACUGGAGUUGGAGAAAGCUCUUCGAAAGUUGGAAGAAGAGCAGCAGAGAUGUGCGAGCUUGGCUGCGGUAAACUCUCUGCUGCGGGGAGAUCUGGUGCAGACCCAGGAGUCUCAUCAGCUGCUGGGGGAAGACAUUCACAAACUGACCACUGACUGGUCCAGCUCCAUCCAAGAACUGGAGAGGAAGGAGGGAGAAUGGCAAGCCGAGAGAGAGGUUUAUAAAGGUCAUAUUCAGGGUGAGCGCUCCCGACUCCUGCGACUGUGGACUGAAGUUGUGACAUUUCAUCGACAUUUUAAUGAACUAAAGACGGCAACAGAAAGGGAUUUAUCUGAAUUGCGUGCCGAAUGGACCAGAUGUGUCCGCCUUCUCCAAACUUCAUAUUCCUGUCUUAUCUCAUGGAAGCCACAGAAUCCUGGAAAAAUGACAGAGCCCCCAAAAUACCUUCUUGUUACCUGGGGCCAUGGGAUAGAGUCAGUAGAGAUGACCGGACAGGUGGAAGGAGCAUCCGUGAAGGAUUCUAUGUUAGAUACAUGUGGACAUAAAGAGGAAUCGUCAAAAUCACAAAUUGAGGCCACGCAAGUGGAAGUACAAACCAAAACCUUGUACCAACAGAGACUGGGGGAGGACCUAAAGUUGCUUAGGUCUCAAUUUGAGGCAUCAGAGCAAAAUGGCAGCUUGUUGAAGUCGCAGCUGGUGGCAGCAGAGCAGGAAGAAAGAACAAUGAGGUUGAAUUUGGAGAUUGCACAUGAAGAAGCAGACACUAUGAGGACACAGCUGGUGGCAGCAGAAGAGGAAGCAAGCAUAAUGACAACACAACUGGUGGCAGCUCAACAGGAAGCAAUCACGAUGAGGACACAGCUUAUUGCAUCAGAAGAGGAAGCAAGCAUGAUGAGGACUCAGCUGGUGGCAGCAGAACAGGAAGCAAGCAUGAUGAGGACUCAGCUGGUGGCAUCAGAAGAGGAAGCAAGCAUGAUGAGGACUCAGCUGGUGGCAUCAGAAGAGGAAGCAAGCAUGAUGAGGACUCAGCUGGUGGCAGCAGAACAGGAAGCAAGCAUGAUGAGGACUCAGCUGGUGGCAGCAGAACAGGAAGCAAACACAACAAUGUCUCGAGUGCAAGCAGAGAACCAGGAAGAACACACAAACAUAUGGAGUUUGCAGCUUGACAGAGAGGAACAAGAAAGAACCACCAACACGUUCCAGCUGGAGACGCCGCCAAGGGAAACAAACGUAAUAAGAUUACCUUUAAUGGUGGCUUCAAAGGAGACUAGCACUGCGACAUCACUACUAGAGACAACACUUCCAAGCACGCUAUCGCCACCGCUAGCAUCAACUUAUCUGAUGACAUCACUGCUAGAGACCACGCCUCUCGAAACUAGCAAGCUGAUGUCACUGCUGGAGACAACUCGACAGGACGUUAGUAUGCCAGGGCAGGCAGUAGAUUUAGCGGAGAUGUCACGUGCGGACCUAUUAGGCGACAAGGCGCAGUCAAGAUUACAAUUCAUUCUAUCAAAAGAGGACUUAAUUAGGUCGUCGGAGCCCGAGAUAAAUUCGCUGACGUCAAAGGUUCAAGCAUCUGAGCAGGAUGCCCAUUCAUUAACGGUGCAACUGGAGGCUUCACGGCAGGAAGUGUGUUCCCUGGAGAGAAAGGUGCAGGAAACGGAAACGUGCAGAGGACAUGUUGGAAAGCUGGAAAAGGAAGUAAGUUCUCUAAGGGCGGAGCUGGAAGAGCGGUCUCAAGAGGUGGAGCUGCUGAGGUCAAGCUUGAUGACACAGGAAACGGAAGAAGAAUCGCGACUUCACAGCAUGGAGCGGGAGCUGCAGGAGAUUCAUCGGCGGUCUCUUGACGCUGUGCAGUCCGAGCGCUCUGAUCUACUCCACGAUUUAGUGCUGCUGCGGGAAGAGCUGCUGCUCUCUCGUCUUGAAGCCAGUUUGUCUCAAGAUGAAAGGAGCGGCUUGCAGGGCGCUCUCCUCAAGGCGGAAAGGCAGAUAGCCGAGCGGAUGGUGGAGCAGAGCCGACACAAGGCCGAGGUGGGCGACCUCCAAGACGCAGUCGCCAAGAUGGGAGACUUGAAUCGAGCCUUGUCUUUAGAUAAAGUGGAACUGAACAGUCUCUUGCUGCAGAGGGAAAAAGAGCUGAAGUCUAUCGGAGAACUUCUACAAGAGUCACAGAGGGAGGUUGGGAAUUUACAGCAAUGUGAGGAGGAGCGUUCCCGGCUUAUGGUGGAGCUCGGCAAGGGACAGCGCCUCCUGCAGGACUGCGAAGUAGCAAGAGAAAGCCUGGAAACAGAGUUGUCGUACAUUCGGCUGGAGAGAGACAGACUGCAGGCUGAGCUGAAACAGGAAAGAGAGAGCCUGCGGAGGGAGCAGGACCAGUUGUCUCAGGACGCAGAAGCUUUGAGUCGGGAAAAGUCCACGCUCACCGUACAACUCGGAGUGAGCGAGAGGGAGUGUCUGGAACUAAGAGAAAAGCUAGGAGACCUCCAGAUCAUGAAACAGUGUCUGGAGAAAUCAGUGUUUGCAUCUCAGGAAAGAUCAUCUCAGCUGGAGAUUAGAUGCGGCCAACUGGACCUGGAAGUUCAGACAAUCGCUCAGUCCAAGAAAACCGUCCAAGAUGAGCUUUCUCUCUUGUACGCCGAGCAGGACGCCUUACAGAAGCGAUGUCUCGCCCUUUCUCAGAGGCUGUCUGACUUGGAAGAAGAGAAAGAGGCAGCAAUAGUACGGAGAGAGCAACUGGAGCUAAGCUUGGAAGAAUUAAACACCUUGAGAGACCGUCUGGAGCAAGAGAAGAGUCUGAGACAGGUCACCGAAGAGCGUGUCGAUAAAUUGCAGAGAGAGAAGCAGAAUGAGCUGGAUAAAGCAACCAUCGUACAGAAGCAAUUGGAAGAGGAAAUUUCCAAACUGGGGGACAACCUGAAAAUGUGUCAGUCAGACAAAGAGACAGCUUUGGAGAACUUAGAGCGACAAGUGCUAAUGAAAUGUGAACAGGACCGUGAAAUUGAGAUUAUCAAAGAGACCUUGAAAGAAUGUCAGGAAGAAAAAGAGAGAGCCCUGGCUGCACUGACAAACCAAGCGGAUAGUUUAGAAGAGAGUGAGAGGCAGAUAACAGAACUGAGAGAGAAUAUUCAGGAGUGCAACGGGGAGAAGGAGACUGCUUUAACUUCAGCCGCUCUGCUCCAGUUGACCAUACAAGAAAAAGAACGUGAACUCAAGACUUGUAAGGAGAGCAUAAUGCAACUCCAACAAGAGAAAGAGACGGUGGUCAAUGAGUUACAGCAACAGAUCCAGAGCUUUAAGGAGACUGAGCUGCGAAUGACAAAGCGUAUUGAAGAGUGUGAAGUUAAGAAAGAGCUUGCAGUAAAAGCAGAAUACAACAGUCUCCUGAUAGUAGCAGAAAGGGAUCGAGAAAUUGAUACCUUGAUUGCCAAGAUGAGCCUGGUUCAAGGAGAGAAGGAGACACUCGUUGAGCAGUUCUCUGUUGAUGCUACCGAGGCAGAGCAGAAACAGACAGCUCUAAAGGAGCUUCUCAGACAGUGUCAAGAAGAACGAGAAACCAAGGUGAAUGCAUUGCUGCAAAACGUGGGAGGACUGGAUAAAGAAUUGGUGACUUUAAGAGAGCGUUUGAAGGAUCAGCAGGCAGAGAAAGAGAGCACACUUGAAGAAGUAGGCCAUCAAGCUAUGUUGUUAAAAGAGAGUGACUCUCUGAUUGAAUCUUUACGAUCCAGAAUGGUAGAGUGCGAGUUUGAGAAAGACCAGCUCUCUGUGAAUUACAGAGAGUGCAAGGAAAAUAUAGCAACUUUAAAAGAGACUAUUAAAGAGUACUCGGAAGAAAAAGAGAGAGCCCUGGCUGCACUGACAAACCAAGCGGAUAGUUUAGAAGAGAUUGAGAGGCAGAUAACAGAACUGAGAGAGAAUAUUCAGGAGUGCAACGGGGAGAAGGAGACUGCUUUAACUUCAGCCGCUCUACUCCAGUUGACCAUACAAGAAAAAGAACGUGAACUCAAGACUUGUAAGGAGAGCAUAAUGCAACUCCAACAAGAGAAAGAGAUGGUGGUCAAUGAGUUACAGCAACAGAUCCAGAGCUUUAAGAAGACUGAGCUGCAAAUGACAAAGCGUAUCGAAGAGUGUGAAGUUCAGAAAGAGCUUGCAGUAAAAGCAGAAUACCACAGUCUCCUGAUAGUAGCAGAAAGGGAUCGAGAAAUUGAUACCUUGAUUGCCAAGAUGAGCCUGGUUCAAGGAGAGAAGGAGACACUCGUUGAGCAGUUCUCUGUUGAUGCUACCGAGGCAGAGCAGAAACAGACAGCACUAAAGGAGCUUCUCAGACAGUGUCAAGAAGAACGAGAAACCAAGGUGAAUGCAUUGCUGCAAAACGUGGGAGGACUGGAUAAAGAAUUGGUGACUUUAAGAGAGCGUCUGAAGGAUCAGCAAGCAGAGAAAGAGAGCACACUUGAAGAAGUAGGCCAUCAAGCUAUGUUGUUAAAAGAGAGUGACUCUCUGAUUGAAUCUUUACGAUCCAGAAUGGUAGAGUGCGAGUUUGAGAAAGACCAGCUCGCUGUGAAUUACAGAGAGUGCAAGGAAAACUUAGCAACUUUAAAAGAGACUAUUAAAGAGUACUCGGAAGAAAAAGAGACAUUGUCUGCUUUGUUGCAGUCUCAAACUGAGGGAAUUAAAGACCGAGAAAACAAGAUAAAAUUGUUGAAGGAGACUAUGUUUAAAGUUCAAAAAGAUAAAGAAAUGAUCUGUAGUGAUUUAGCGUUUCACACCAAAACUUUGAAAGAGAAAGACGAAGCUCAUGUGGUGUUGCAACAGACACUACGAGACAGCCAGCAAGAAAAGGAGCAUCAACGACUAGCUAUAGAACAGCAGAAAAGUGAGAUUAUGAGCCUGGAAGAGAAGUUACGGAGGUGCCAACAUGAUAAAUCUGUGGUAGAAGCUAGAAUGGAACGUUUAGCAUUGCAGAAAGACGCCAUAGAGAAGGAAGCAAAUAUGGAGGAAAAACUUUUGAGGGAAAAAGUGUCGGAGUAUUCUCAGGCCUUAAAGGAAAAAGAACUAGCGGUUGAAAUUUUGGAAAGGAAGUAUGAGAGAGAGCGGGAAUCGCUAAAUAGGAAUGAAAGAGAAUUACAGGAAUGGGGAAGACUUGAGAUCAAAAAUACAGAUUUGGAGAGGAAACUAUCAGAGGUCUUAAAUGAAAGACAGCUGGUUGAGGAACAGAGGGAAAGGGACAACAAGGCUUUUAAAGAAAGGUUACAAGAUUUAUCCCGGACUUUGCUAGAGAAAGAGUCUGAGGCUGAUAGAGAAAGAAUGCAGUUAAACAGGGUUAACAGUGACUUGGAUGUUAGAGUCAAAGAGCUGUUACAUAUCCUUAAGGAGAAAGACUUUCAAGAACAAAAGAAUAUAGCGAAAAUACAAGAUCUGAAACUGGAACUAGAACAAGUACAAUAUGUUCUGGUAGAGAAGCAAAAAGAGGCAGAAGAUGCCAGAAUUCAGAGUGAUAGAGAGAGACUGACUCUAAAACAGCAGAUUGCAGAACUGUCUCGAGCACUCGCAGACCGAGAGGUCCAUGAUGAGGAGAGAGAAGAGCACUUGAAUGCUUUGAAUAUUAGAUUAGACCAAAUGAGUCAGGACUUAAUGGGUAAAACUGUUGAAUUUGCACAAGGGGAAGAAGAAAGAAAGGAACUACAGAAAUGGGUAACAGAACUUUCCCAGGCUCUUAUUGGAGAGAUGUCUUUAGAUCAAGAAGAUGAUCGAGCUUUAGCUGAUAGACUAAAAUUGCUUGGAAAGGCUUUGAAAGAUAGGGAGCGACAGUGCGAACAAGCAAAAAUUGAGAAAGACAGUCUGAAGGAAAGAGUAUCAAAACUUUCUCAAAUUCUUAUAGAAAAGGAACACGAGUUAGAAGAGGCAGAAGAUAAGAUGACAUCGUUGGGACAGAAAAUAAGUGAACUGGGGCAAGUUCUCGUAAAAAAAGAAAACGAGGUAAGGAAUGAAGCGCUAAAUAGUAAGGAAGAGAAGUCGUUACUGAGACAGACUGUAUCUCAGCUGUCUCACAGUCUUACAGAGAAAAAGAUAGAGAUAGAAGAAAAGGAAGUUGAAAUUACAUUUCUGAAAGAUAAGAUAAAAGAAAUCAGACAAGUCAUGGUGGAAAAUGAUCAAGAAAUACGAGAGAAAGAUAGCUUUAUCGAGCUAGAAAAAAAGUCUCAGAGCAAGAGAAUAUCAGAAAUUUCUCAGGUUUUAUUUGAAAAGAAAAUUGAAGCAGAUAACAAAGACCUAAAAAUUAUAUCUCUGGAAGACAAGAUGGCGGAGCUUCGACAGGUUUUAAUAAGUAAGGAGCAUGAGCUCAAAGAGGAGAUAACACGAAACAAACAUGAAAAUGAAGUCCUUAGAAAAAAAGUCGAAGAACUUUCACAGACUUUACUGGAAAGAAGUCAUCAUGCAGAUUUUGCAAGCAUGGAAAUAAAACUAUUGAAAAAUAAGAAGGAAGAACUUGAAGGACAGUUGGUAGAGAAUAAAAGAGAAAUGGAAGAAAUAGAAAGACAGAUUCUAGACGAUAAGAUGUCGCAAAGACAGAAAGUAACAGCACUUACUGAGUCUGUAAUAGAGAAGAACAGAGAAGUGGAUGAUAAAGAGAUGCAGGUAAAGCUUCUGAAAAAGAAGACUGAAGAAUUGAGACAACGCCUGCAUGAAAAAGAGCAGGAAAAUAAGGAAGAAGAACAGCGACGCGAGGAAGAGUUGAAAAGUCUGAGGAAAAGAGUGACAGAACUAUCUUCAUCUAUAGCACAGAAGGAGAGCGAAGCAGGUGAGGUAAAGACUAUGAAAGAAACAAUAAGAGAACUCAAGCAAAUGCUUGCAGAUAAGGAACAAGACAUGAAAUCUGAAAAAAGAGAGUGCGAUGAAGAGAGGAAGACUCUACAGCAGAAGUUAAGGGAUGUUUCCCAGGCUUUAGUUGAGAAAGAGCAAAAAUAUGAUGUAGUUAAACUGGAGGUGGAAACUCUGAAAAAGAAAAUUGAAGAGCUAAGACGCCUCAUAUUAGAGAAAGAAGGUAACAUUCAAGAGGAAAACAGAAUAAGUGAAGAAGAGAAGACAUUCUUGAAGCAAAGAGUGAAAGAACUCUCCAAAGCUUUGGUAGAGAAGGAGCAAGAGGCUGCUGAAACAAAAUUAGAAAGUAAAUAUCUAAGAGAUAGGCUAGAAGAAGUUAGGCAGGUCUUGGUAAAUAGGGAGGAAGAGGUCAAGGAGGAAAAGAAACACAACGAGGAAGAGAAGAAAGUUAUGAGAGAAAGAAUAACAGCCAUGUCCCAGUCUUUAGUAGAGAAGAGCCAAGAAGCAGAUAGGACCAAGAUGGAGAUGAACUCUCUUAGAGAGAAGAUAGAAGAGCUCAUGAGGAGGAAUGAAGCAAUGAUCCAUGAUGCAAAUAUUGAAGAGCAAAAUACUAUUUUAAGCCAGAAAGUGGAAGGACUUUCUCAGAAUUUAAAAGCAAAAGAAAGAGAAGUUAAUGUUCUGCAAACUGAUCUGACAUCUCUGAGAGAUGAGGUAGGAGAACUUAAGCAAUCUCUGACUCUUAAAGAACAAGAAAUUCAAAAGAAGGAAAUAUUCUAUGAAACAGAGAAGAGAACUUUAAAAGAAAAGGUGACCAAUCUUGCUAAAGCUUUAGGAAGUAAAGAAACAGAAGUAGGAGAAAUGGUAGGAAAUAUUGAAUACUUGAAAGAAAAGAAUGAGAAGGUAAUAAAUGAGAAAAAAUUACACGAGGAAGAAAAGACAACUCUGCAGAAUCAAAUAAUCAGACUUUCGCAAACUCUGUCGGAGAAGGAGGAGAAAACAGAAGGAAUGGAAAGGGAGAUGAGGCUUCUGAGGGAACAGAUUGAGCAGCUAAGACAGGAUUUAGUAGAUAAAGAGCAAGAGAGCAAGAUGCACAAAGAAGAGAAAAAUGUCCUAAGGCAGAAAGUGUUAAAACUUGUUCACACUGCAGAAGAAAAAGAGAAGAAAAUAGACACAAUGGUUAUUGAGAAGAAUGCUCUUAAAGCAAAGAUCGGAGAACUAAGACAAGCCAUGGUGAUUCAAGAUCAAGACAGAAGAAAGAAAACCAGAGAUGAAGAAAAUGAGACAUAUUUCAGACAGGAUUUGGAUGUUCAAGAAGAUGGAAAGAAACCUUUAUCUGACAAGACAGUUGCCGGAGAAAGGAGACAACUGGAGGAAAAUUUACAAGACUUGCAAACAUUUACACAUGUCAAAUCAGAGACAGCAUUGGCAGAGUCCACAGAAGGCUUAAAUUUGAUUGGUAAGAGAAAGUUCCUAGAAAACCAACAUGAGGACCCUGUGUUUCUAGAGAUCAGCUAUCCACAGGAGGAGACAAAUAUACAAGAGCUGAUAACAGAAAUUAAAGCACUGUAUCAUGAGAGAGAUGAAGCCCAGAAGAGGGAAGUGGAUCUUAAAAUGAAGUUGAUGAAAGCAGAAACGGCACUAAGACGUAUGGAGGCUGAAGAGAUCAAGCUGAGGCAGAAGUUUCUGGAAUCGGAAAAGAGACUUAGAAAAGAUAAUUCUACAUCUGUAGAUGUUGCAAGUGGAAAGAAUGACGACUCUCUGCAAAGGAGGCUGCAGGUCCUGCAGGAGGCUGUUGCGAGGUUGGAAAACGACAAAUCUUUAUUGGAAAACCAAACCCUACGUUUGAGCGAGACACUACGAGAAGUGGAGUUUGAGCGGAGGAACCUCCGGAGGGAGCUGCGUAAGCUCAAUGCUUCAACAUUGCAGCAGUCAAAGGACAAAACACAAGAGGAUGCUGUUGAUUCUUCUACAUCUUGGCCAGGCUUGGCAGAGCUACAACAACAGAUCUCCUUUUUAAAGUCACAGCUGGAGACAGAACGUGGACAUCGUUCCUGGUAUAUACACAGAUGUGCCCGCACCACUGACGAUCUUAUGAGCCUGAGACACAAUCUGACUCGUUCACUGGCUGCAGUGACCUCUGAUACUAGACCUCAGGUACUGGAGAGGGAAACUAUCCGACUGGAUGACACAUUAAACCGCAGCCUUGGCCUUCCGACAACCUGAAUGUGCAUAUUAACAUGAAGUCCCGCGAGGCAAGCAGGUCUCUUGUUCUUGGAGAAACUGGUUGGGUCAGUGAGAGAGCACGGCGGGCUAAUCCGUCCUGGGAAAGGGGUUCUCCCCCUUUACCUGCCUUACAGAAGUCCAGUUGCAUUACUCCAGAAGUGUAACGGUCCCGGCGACUGAUCAGUGACCCAUUUAUUUGGCUCAUUAGCCUCUGUGCGGGAGUUCAAAGAUUCAGCAUGGUUGAAAAUGAUGUCUGUUACAGGAUUCAGUGAUGAUGUGUGAUUGGUGUGUGUUGUAUGUUGGCGCUGCAUGUAAGAGAUGGGAAUUUAUUAUCGGGGAGCAGCGGAUGCAAAAAUCAAUUGAUGUCAAUGUCCCAUGGUGACCACACACAGGCUUGGUUGUGAUGUGAAGUUUACAGACUCUUAGGUACUGCAAAGGGGUCUGAACUCAACCUAUUUGUCAUUAAAAAAAGGAAAUGUUUGGAACUUCCAACAUAAUACAUACUUUUCUCUGUGAUAUUCCCAAGUAUCAGUUGGAGACGUAAUUAUUUGACAAGAUUUUUAGACAUCAGAAAGUGUCUUAACAUAAGUUUGCAGUGUCACACCACCAUUUAUUGACUAGGGUCUGUAUCUGAUAGGAUGCACUAGAUCAACUUUGUAGACUCUGAUCAUUGCACAAAAUAGUGUUUUAUAAAGUCAGGUUGUGAUGUUCAGUAUGGUGUUCUGAUCUUAGAGGAAUCGGUUAUAAUACGCGUAUGUGAUACAGGUACCGCAAUGGGGUCCGACCCUAACCCUUUCUUGAAAUGCACUGCUGCUGGUCAUCAGAAGCACUCGCUGUUUUACUGUAUGUAGCUUACGUUAAAAACCAAGCUUAUAGCAUCACAUUAUUGUGCUGGUGGUAAACCCUGAGGUUGUCAUCUCUUAUGUGUGUACGAUUCCAAGUAUCGGGUAGCUGUGUCGUCUCAUAUUAAGCUUCUGGUUGCCUGGUGUAGACAAUCUUGACAAUUUCUCUCUGUUUUUGUGGGCAGAGGGGUUCCCUCAGUAGCCAAGUUGCUUUAAACCUAUACUUGUAUACUAGGGAAUUGCACAUAGCAGUUUAUUUUGAAUGACUACCUAUAUGAAUCAAAGAGGAGAGGAGGUGUAUGUUGAAUAUCAAUCUGUGUACAACUGCAAGACAGACAUGUGACCCCCUCCCCCUCAGUGAUCGCAGUGACAAUCCGUUCAUGAAACAGGGCGUUGUGUGGCUGUUGGGGUUGGACACGUACUACAGAGAGAGAUUGCGGGGACCACAUGUGUGAUUGUAACAGGGACUCAUGGAUAUGUAUGAAAUUGUUGUGAACCAUUUAAAGGGUAAGUCCAUCCAGUCUGUAAAUUCACACUAAACAAUCUUAGUGGAAAUACAGGCUGGGAUAUAGGAGAUGCAAUAAAAUGACAACCAUUCUGAGCUACAUUUUCUGGUUCUUAGAACUUAAUAGUUGUCACUCUCUUGCCAACAAAGGCUGCAACCAAUGGGGUGCAGAGAUGGUUUUCAGAAGUCCCAUUUUUGUUUUUAGCAUCUAUUACUCUUAUUAAAGUGGUUGUCAAGAUGCCCCCCCUGAGCUCCUGGCACUUCCACCAUUGGGGGUGCAGGUUUAGAGAAGACGGACUUGCAGCAACAUCUGUGGAAAUAACUUCAUUCUACGAAGGGUUUGUCCACUUGUGGAUCCUUACUGGAUGGGUUUGCCCUUUCUGAUGGGUUUCUGGGUUACGGUGAGGCUGUUUUCCAGGAUGUUGUUGGAUGAAUUUUAUUUUAUACAGUUAUUUAUAUAUUUAUAUAUUUUAAUAAAAUGAGUUUUAUGUACAGAAGUUGAUAUUGUAUCUGACGCGGUGACGGCCUCCUGCCAGAGAGAGGCUGUGAUAUUAUAUUAUAAUCAGCCGGCUCUACUCAUUUAUGUAUCUCUGUGCAUAUUUUUGUAUUAAUAUGUAUUUUGUAUGAUGAAAUAUAUACCUUUUAAUACCCA